CAACUAAUGGCUGAGUGUGAAUGAGCAGCAGGUUCCCCCCUGACACCGGCUCUGGUCGAGCUGAACACGUUUUUCCGUCCAUGGCACCAGUGGCCUUGGAGCUGUUUGCAUUCACAGGCCGAGGAGAAGGCUCCGGGCUCAGGGAGGAGGGCCCGGCCCGGCGCUCGGGAACAUAAAUCCAGGUCGGACUUUGCUAUCUCAAGUGAAAUGUAAAACAGGAGGCAGGCAGCAGGUGAAGCGUGAACCACAGGCGGGCUACGAUAACGCUCAGCCAGCGGGAAGCCAUCAGUCACUUCUCUCCGUUGGCCGCUAUUAAGUCAACGCUCAAAUUUCCCAACCGGGCGCAGAGACGAGCUGCGCUUCUCACUUUCGCUCCAUGGCUCAACGCUCCGCUCGUGCCGCCGUCCCCAUCGCGCUGCUGGUGUUUGGACUUGUUGCAAUCCUGCUCCUGACUGUCCCCACUGAAGACGUCCAGGAGGCACCGGGGUUCAUGUAUGGGAUUGUCCUGGAUGCUGGAUCUUCGCACACAGCUUUGUAUAUAUACAAGUGGCCAGCAGACAAGCAAAAUGGCACGGGCGUGGUCACCCAGCACAGUGAAUGUCAUGUUAAAGGCGGAGGAAUCUCCAGCUAUGCCGGCCAACAGGGAGCAGCGGGGCAGAGCUUAGGGGCAUGUCUGGACCAGGCAGUGAAGGAGAUCCCCAAAGAAAGACACCAGCUCACACCUGUGUACCUGGGAGCCACAGCUGGCAUGAGGCUUCUGCAGAUAUCCAGGCCGGAGCAGUCGGAUCAGAUUCUCCAGGAAGUGAGCCUUAAAAUCCAGUCCUACCCUUUCAACUACCGAGGAGCAGCCAUACUGAGUGGUCAAGAGGAGGGGGCCUUCGGUUGGGUCACCGUCAACUAUCUGUUAGAGAACUUCAUAAAGUAUGGUUUUGUGGGGCACUGGUUCAGCCCCGGCAAACCCACAGUGGGGGCGCUGGAUUUCGGCGGGGCGUCCACUCAGAUAACAUUUGCAACUCAGGAGGAAGUGGAGGACAAACAGGACACGAUGAAGCUGCGUCUCUAUGGCCAGGAGUACUCUCUGUACACACACAGCUUCCUGUGCUACGGGCGGGACCAGGUCCUCAAGAGACUGCUGGCUCACUUAAUGAAGUGUCAGGGUUAUUCAGAGACAGUCGAUCACCCCUGCUAUCCCACAGGCUACAGCCGAAAUUUAAGGUUAAGCAGCAUAUUUGACUCUCCGUGUACAACAAAGUACAAACCCACCACCUCCGACCCCCGGGCGUUUCUGACAAUACAUGGUAGCGGACAUUAUGAACACUGUCUGGGCAACGUGUCUGAGAUCUUCUCCUUCGAAGGCUGUCCCUUCUCCCAGUGCUCCUUCGACAAAGUCUUUCAGCCAAACGUCACCGGUAACUUCAUGGCAUUCUCUGCAUUCUUCUACAUUCACUCCUUUCUGGAGAGAAUCACCGGUAUCUCUGUGAGCACUCCAUCACAGCUGGAGGAGGCUGCCAAGACCGUGUGCAAGACGAGUUUUGAUCAAAUGUUGCUUCUUGCUCCAGAGCAGAAGACUCGUUUGCAGGACUACUGUGCUGCCUCUGUGUUUGUCAAGGUUCUCAUGUUGAGAGGAUACGGCUUCGACGAGACGUCGUUCCCACGCAUUUCCUUCCAGAAAAAGGCAGGGGAUGCCUCGGUGGGUUGGGCUCUGGGCUACAUGCUGAGUCUGAGCAAUUUGCUGCCCGCAGAGAAAGUGGGGCUGAGGAAGGCCCUGACCCCUGGCGCAUGGGGAACGCUCAUAUUUCUCUUCGUCCUCCUCCUCACUGCAGUCCUGGUCUUCAUCUUAUUCCGAGGUUGUGAUGGGAAGAAGAAAGGAGGCACUGAAAGCAACAUCUAGAUAUUGCAGCAGCAUACAGUGUGGUCAGAGUAGCACAGUUAUGCGUUUUUGUAUGUUUUGGCUCUGUACUCCAACACAGUAGAUGAAGAAGAAGAAUCUUUAUUGUCAUUGCAGAAUACAGGUUGUACAGUAAAUGUAGUGACCUGCACUGUUCAUCUGAUUGAAUAUAAACAUCUUUAAAUUAAAGCUGAAAGUCAGUACUUUCACUUUUCAUUUCAAAUCCAAAGUCCUGGAGUACAGAGCCUUCACAAUGAAAAACGUGACCAAAUAUUCUCUGACUGCCCUGUAGGUUUGAGAGUGUAGCACUCCCCCUGGUGGCUUCGGCACUGCAGGGGAGGUCUGAAUGUAAGUUUUAUUCUAAAGAAGUGAAACCAAUUUUUGGUUGUAAGGAAUGUAAAAAAGUUUUUUGGGGUUUUUUUACAUUUUUUUACUGUACUCUGAAGCACUGUUACAGUUACUAAAGCACAUUGAGGAGAUUACUAUCAGUUUAUUGUAUAAGGAAUCACUAUUUUUGAAAGUUUUUAUAUUCAGAUGUGUUUUUCAGGUGCCAGUUUUUAUUCACAUUUUAGUCUACUUUGUUUGCAGAGUUUAACAGAAAAUAAUCAAUAACCUACAAUCACUGUUUGCUGAUAGCAGCACAGGAAGGGGGACCCAAACACAAGCUCAGAGACUGGAUGAUACAGUGAAGUGUCUUUAAUAACAAAAAAAAAAACACCUGUUGGUGUGUUUUUGAACCUUAUAAUGUUCAGAGGGGCCAGUUCAACUCAGUGAUUAGUUUUAACCUGACAUGUGGUGUUGCUGAACUGCAUUCUUUUGUGUUGUCAGACACGCUUUGCUCUGUAUAAUAUUAUUCAUGGAUACACAUAAUGAGUUGCUGUUUUUGUGCUCACCCCCUCUGCACUACAGGGUGAGGUGAAAUAUAAAAGCACAUGGAAACAUUAUGAAUCAUUUCACAUUAAAAGGCAAAUCAUUGGUCAUGAACAUUAUCAUUUACUGUACUUAAAGAAGGUUAUUCUGCAACAUAGUGUAUAGGCAUUCCAGUGUGUACAAGGAAAAGGCAGCACUUGAUGAGUGCUGCAAACCAGUAGUUGUUAAUUUUCAAGAAAAAAAGCCAAAAUGUGAUGGUUGCAGCUCCUCAAACACGAGAAUUUGUUAUGUUUCCUUGUCUCACAAUAAUGUGAUCUACA